AUUUUGUUCUUGUCUUUAGAAUUCUUUUCUAUGACUAGUUUAUUUUAUUUUAUUCCAUCAUUGAGGUUUCACAUUCUUGGUCCUAUGCAGGGACUCUGUCAUAUUAGCGAACUAAGUACCGAUUGGCUGGCAAAGGCUGAAGAUGUUGUAAAAGUUGGGGAUCAUGUUGAUGUCAAACUUAUUGAGAUAAAUGAAAAAGGGCAACUUCGUCUUAGCCGCCGAGCUUUACUGCCUGAAGCAAGUCCAGAGAAAGCCAAUGUGGAGCAGCCAACAAGUACCCAAACUGAAGAAAAUGCAUCUUCACAAACCACUGAGAAGGGUUCAUCUAAAAAAGUUGCAAGCACAUUGAAGGGUGGAUUAGCCGCAGAGGACAUUGAACAACCCCAGGAGAAGGUUACGGUCUCCAAGCUGAGUAGCUCACCUAAGAAAAGCAGUUCUUCUGAUGAGAGCAUGCUCAAGCCGCAAAAGGCUAUCAAGAGAUUAGUUAGCCCUACGAGAGGUGGACCCUAUGUUAACAAAUCUAGGCCAAAGAAGAGCAGCAGUAAAGAAGUUAACAGCAUUGCUGGCAAUGAAGGAACUAGCUUAGUGGAUGGCAAGGCUAAAGUUGGGUAGGCAGUCUUGAUUUAGUGGCCAACAGUGGGAUUAGUUCGAUGAUGAAGUGAACAGAGAUUGGUAGAAGAUCACUCCUAUAAAAAGGACAAAGGAUGGAGUCCUACCUGCUUGUGGGUUUUGAAUUUGCACACUUGUAGAGGCAGACAGGACCAUUUAUUAGCCAGGAGCAGGAGGAACUAUUGAAACGUAGGUUCUAUGAUCUGUUGAACUUGGAACAUCAGAGGGACCAACGACUUGUUUGCUAUGUGAUGCACAGGUACCUUGGUUAAUAAAAAUGUUCCCAUUUUGUUCUUCUUGAGAAA